UACUCAGAAGGAGGACUAAGGCAAAGUAAAAACCCUUCUUCUCCAACACGAAAACCAUCUCAUAAAAUCAGUAGAGACCUCAUCGCUCCCGACCCAAAAUCAAAUUUCUCCUCAGAUCAAUCUCCAGGGUUUCGUAUCCACCAAGAUGUUUCUCACAAGAACUGAGUAUGACAGAGGAGUAAACACUUUCUCCCCGGAAGGUAGACUUUUUCAGGUUGAAUAUGCCAUUGAGGCCAUUAAGCUCGGUUCGACUGCUAUUGGGUUGAAGACAAAAGAAGGUGUUGUGCUUGCUGUGGAGAAGCGUAUCACUUCGCCUUUGCUGGAACCCAGCAGUGUGGAGAAAAUUAUGGAAAUUGAUGACCAUAUUGGAUGUGCCAUGAGUGGAUUGAUUGCUGAUGCUCGUACACUUGUUGAACAUGCACGAGUGGAAACUCAGAACCACAGGUUCUCCUAUGGUGAGCCAAUGACCGUGGAGUCUACAACGCAAGCACUUUGUGAUCUGGCACUACGAUUUGGUGAAGGUGAUGAAGAGUCCAUGUCUCGGCCAUUUGGGGUAUCUCUUCUCAUUGCAGGUCAUGAUGAGCAUGGGCCCAGCUUAUACUAUACUGAUCCAUCUGGCACAUUUUGGCAAUGCAAUGCAAAAGCUAUAGGUUCGGGUUCAGAAGGUGCAGACAGCUCUCUGCAAGAGCAAUACAGCAAGGACUUGACUCUUAAAGAAGCUGAGACAAUUGCUCUUUCCAUUCUUAAGCAAGUCAUGGAGGAAAAGGUGACUCCCAAUAAUGUUGAUAUUGCAAAGGUUUCGCCCACAUAUCAUCUAUAUACCCCUUCUGAGGUGGAGGAGGUCAUCAGUCGCCUAUGAGUCCUGUGAAUCAUUCUGAUUUGAAUCUGUUCUUGUCACUGUACUUGUUAUUUGGAGGUCAUUAAUUGCCCAUAAGGAUAUUCGGAUUUGUUUCCUGUUGGUAAUUUCAGUGCUAAAUCGGUGGCCUAAAUGAUAUAAUGGAACAUAAUGACAAUUUCAUGUUAACUGGAGAAGUUUAAUUUAGCCAUCAUGGUUUUUAUUUCUAAAGAGUGCUGGCUUUAUAGUUUUUACGGUUAA